AUGCUGCCUCAACCCAGUCGGAGGCACGCCGCCACGGCUCGCAUCAAUGACCCGCCUGUCCCGCCGCAGGUCCUCCCAUGCGCGGGAGCGCUCGCCGCCUUCUUCGCGACGCUGCUCCUCGCCUCCGCCGCCGCCUUCUGGCUCGGCGCGCAGCCCGCGGCGGAGGCGCUCAUCCGCUCCCUCCUCGCGCCCUCCGCCGCUCCCUCCACGCCACUCAGCGCGGAAGAGGAGCCUGGCGAGUCUAUUGAUGGCGAGCCUAUCAAUGGCAAGUCUUCCAGGGUCGAGUCUCUUGAUGGCGGAACCACGGGGGUGACUGAAGCUGCAGCAGCGUCCGCGUUUGGGAGUGCCUCGUUUCUGCUAGAGGAGAACGCGUCUGUGCCGCGGAUUCUGGAGUUUGACCUGGUCAAGACAUACCCGCACGACAACAGAGCCUUCACACAGGGCCUGCUAUACGCGGAUCAUGAAGCGAGCGGGGGGAGGGGCACCGGCGAGGGGGUGUUUUAUGAGAGCACGGGGGAGUAUGGGCGGUCGACAGUGAGGGAGGUGGAUGUGGCCUCUGGUGAGGUGCUCAACAGCGUGCCUCAGAGUGAUGACGUUUUUGGCGAGGGCCUUGCACUGCAUGACAACAGGCUGUACCAGCUGGCAUGGCGGGUGCAGAAAGGCCUGGUGUACGACCGAGACACACUACAACCACGGGGCAGCUUCCAGCACGGCAUGGCGGACGGGUGGGGCCUAUCUGUGCUCAACGAGUCAAUCAUGGUCGGCACAGAUGGCUCAUCCACGCUCUUCCACCUCGACUCCUCGUCCUUCAAAGCCGUGGCACGGGUGACAGUGAAGGAUGGCAAGAGAAGCAUCCCGAAUCUGAACGAGCUGGAGGUGGUGGGGGGGCUGGUGUGGGCCAACGUGUGGCUCUCCACCUGCCUCGCCGCCAUCCACCCUGACACCGGCAAAGUGCUAGCGUGGCUGGACCUCUCUUCCCUGCAGCGUCUAGCGCAUGCAAGAUCAAACGAACUGAACGCACAUGUGAGUGGCCUACGGGAAUGGUCUCUGCUUCCAUGGCUAGGAAUUCGACGUGCUGAACGGGAUCGCAUGGGACACCAGGCACAACCGUCUAUUCGUAACAGGAAAGUAUUGGCCACUAAUGUUCCAGAUCAUGCCAAGAAUAGCCCCUCUGAAGGCUACUCCGAAAGAGCAAGCUGCGGAGUUGAAGAAAGUUAG